AUAAAUUGUAUAACCAUCACCAUCGUAAUUGUGGCUGAUGCCUGGAAAUAAAAUUUUGAGAAAUUUUCCAUAAAAUAAUAAACGGCGGAAAAAAUUAAAAAAAAACACGUUUUCUUUUUCUUAAUUUCCAUAUGAAAUACUGGAGUAAAAAAUCGCCAUAAAUUCGAACCUAUAAUUGGUGUGGAAAAUUUUUUUCACCAUCGUCAUCUCGAUUGAAAAAAUUGUGUGUACCAACGAAUUUAGGUAGAAAGCAAUAAAACAAGCUAGAGCUAGAAAGAGAAAGCAUCGCAUCAGAGCAUAGAGCUAGAAAGAGAAAGCAUUGCCGAUAGUGUGUGUUGUGUGUGAAUGUGAAUUGUUCGUGGCUUUGUAACAAAAGGAUUUUUGCUUGCUGGUAGUAGCCCCUGGAGAAAAGUGAUGAUGGACAACUAUGAGCAGGCGAUUUUGCCAUCCGAAAGAUUAAAGAAUAUAGAUGACAUACAUCAAAUUGAGUUCACCGAAAAAUCUAAAUUCGAUCACGUUGAAAAAUUUGAUGUGAAAACACAAAAUUUUAGUUUUGGCGCCAAUAUUUUGAACACAACAACAAUGUCGCUAAAUAGCAGUCACAAUUGCAGCAGCGAAGAGAUGAUCAAAACAACAACAGUGGCAGUAAACAAAAUACAAACAAUAACAAUGCCUGAUUCCACGGCGACGACUACCUCAACCGUAACAGAAGAGUUCCAGCUAUCAACAGUGUCAAUGUCAAUAGCGGACACCCCUCCAGUGAGUGUGGAUGAAAAAACAGAUUGCAGCUCAUCUGAAGAACAGGAUAAUUCUGAAGAUAAUGAAAACUCACAGCUAUCACAGUCAAUGGCAGCAAGCAAGGACUUUGGCGACGAUGACGAAGAUUUAGGAGAAGACGACUCUGAUGACUCAUCAUCCGACUCAGAUUAUUCCGAUUUAAGUGGUCUUUCCGACAUGUCCGGUAGAGAAUGGAAACCAAUUAGUCAAAGACCAUUGAAUUGGGUUCAGAAGCAAAUACAUUCAGGUGUUAAUCCACGAGAAAUAUUAUCAAAGUUCUUACCCACAUCGAUUCAGCGUAUUAGCCCCGAGUUGACUGAUAUGACAUUAUGGCGCAUAUUGGCCAGCAUGAUGGAACCACCAAGGCGUAAGAAGCUUUCCUAUAUCAAUACUUUUGAAGAUGUCAUUGAACUAUUGAAGAAAUCCAAAAACAUCAUUGUUUUAACCGGGGCUGGAGUGUCUGUGUCAUGUGGUAUUCCAGACUUUAGAUCAUCUGAUGGAAUUUACUCGCGAUUGGCGAAAGAUUAUCCAAAUUUACCCGACCCUCAAGCUAUGUUUGAUAUCAACUUUUUCUCCAGAGAUCCCCGACCGUUUUACAAAUUUGCUCGUGAGAUUUAUCCGGGGCAAUUUAAGCCCUCACCAUGCCAUCGAUUUAUAAAAAUGUUGGAACAAAAACAGAAACUGCUACGCAAUUACACACAGAAUAUCGACACCCUAGAACAAGUGGCAGGUAUAAAAAAUGUCAUAGAAUGCCACGGCUCUUUCUCAACAGCAUCUUGUACAAAAUGUAAGUACAAGUGCGAUGCAGACACCAUCCGCGACGAUAUAUUUGCGCAGCGUAUACCAGUUUGCCCCCGUUGUCAGCCUAAUGUUGAGCAGAGCGUCGAUGCCUCCCAGCCGGUGUCCGAACUAGAACUGCGAAUGUUAGUGGAAAAUGGGAUAAUGAAGCCGGAUAUUGUUUUCUUUGGGGAAGGUCUGCCGGAUGAAUUCCACACAGUUAUGGGCAGCGAUAAAGAUAAGUGUGAUUUACUUAUAGUUAUGGGCUCUUCGCUUAAAGUUCGGCCGGUGGCAUUAAUACCCAGCUCCAUACCAAAUAACGUUCCACAAAUUCUUAUCAAUCGUGAACAAUUGCAUCACUUGGAGUUCGACGUUGAACUUCUAGGAGAUGGAGAUGUUAUCAUAAAUCAAAUUUGUCAUCGUUUAGGUGAAGACUGGAAGAAUAUUUGUUUCGACGAGGAAAUACUUCAAGAAUCCAGUGAGCUAAUAGCAUAUGCGGACGACGAACAAGACAACGAAGAGGAAGAGGAGGAGGGAGAAGAAGAAGAAGAAAAGGAAAAGGGCAAUCAGGCAGCCUUGGACAAUGAUUGUCUUUCAGUAAAGUCAAGUCAGUCCAAUGAUUUGAAUUUGCAAUCUGCCACAACAUAUUCGGAUUCCGGCUUUGAAACUUCCUCAACAUCAUCUAAGAAGGAUGGUGAAUUUCUUCCACCAGAUUAUCUAGAUGAACCCAUGGAAUCUUCUAGUUUUGGCUACCGGCAUUUGUCCAUAGAUUCGUCAAAAGAUAGCGGUAUACUUGGAGAUGGUUCUAAUUCAGCUUUGCCUCCUUCAUUCAAUAGUUUCUCUGAAGCAGGAGAAAUGAAAAAAAGUCUCAACAUGCCCGCCACCUCAACACAAGCAAUAUCAAACAAGGCAACAGUGAAGAAGACAGCUGAAAAACAAAAUCUUCGUAGACAGCAAAGACAUCAGACUGCUGCAGAAAGAUUAUACAGUGGCACUUACUAUGCCCACGAUGCCUCAGCUUCCUAUGUAUUCCCCGGUGCUUGCGUUUCAUGGAGUUCAGAUUCUGAAGACGAAGAGGAUGAGCUGAAUCCAGAAGAUAAUGAGAAGCACGCCGAAGAUGCCGAGGAUGCCGAAUGCGAAACAAAUCAUGUACCAUUAUCGCCCCUAAUGACUCCAUCUGUGGAGAACGAAAUGGUUAAGGAUAUUUCAAAUAACUCCCAAGCUUCUGCCUCAACAAAUAAUUUCUCAAAUGUCAUUAAGACAAAUGCUGCUAAGACAGCUCCAACUACAAGCCAAGCUUCAUCGCCUUCCCAAUUACAAAAGAAGAGGCCAUCUGUGGAUGCGGUAGACAAUGUCCAGACCCAUGAGACAGUAGGUGUUGUCAUUGACACCACCAGUAGUCCUCCUCCUCACAAGAAGAGGCGAGACUCAGCCGACACAUCUGCAUCCUCCAAUACUUCUUCUUCACUCUGCAUAACAUCGUUUGAUCAAAGUUUAGGUUCUUCGUAAGCCAGUACGAUGUUGCAUAAUAAUUCAAUUAGUUUAAUUUAUGUCUCUAGAUGUAAACACUAGAUUUAUACAUUUUUUUAUUAAAAUUUUUCUUAUGUUUAGUUUUUUGCGUAUAGUUUUUUCUCUCCCUCACUUAACUUGCAGAAGAGUGCUGAAAAUGUAAUUGGCCUUUCUUUUUUUUUCUU